GUUCCCGGAAAGUUGGUGCCACUGCCAUGCCUCUGAUCACCAUUGUGCCUCCACUUCUAUAUAAAGGGACCAAUCCAAGGCAAAUGAACAAACCCCAGUUCAAGAUCACUAAUCUCAAAUUCCCUCAUCACAUUCUCAUUUCUCUUCAUUUACUUACGUCCACUCAUCUUUUCAGCCUACCAGAAAUUAAUCGAUAUGGGUGUUCAUCAAAAGUUCAUGAUCAUUGUCUUUUUGCCUCUUCUGCUAUCUCAAACCAUUCAUAGCUAUUCCUCCGGUGAUGUGAAAUCAUGGUGUAGCCAAAUGCCUUACCCACAACCAUGUGAGUACUUCCUGACACACAGCCCUAACCAGACCCCUCUCAAGCGAAAAUCCAACUUCAUCAAGGCCUCGAUGCAAGUUGCCCUAGAGAGAGCCCAGCUCGCCCAAGCCGACAUGUACUCGCUGGGCCCCAGAUGCCGCAACAAGCGCGAGAAGGCUGCGUGGGCCGACUGCCUCCAGCUUUAUGAGCACACGGUCCUCGACUUGAACCGGACCAUCGAUUGCCAGUGCACUCAGGACGAUGUGCAAAUGUGGCUUAGCAGCGCCCUGACCAACCUUGAGACCUGUCGGGCCGGGUUCAUCAAGCUCGGCGUCUCGGACAAUGUGUUGCCCUUGAUGCCAAAUAAUGUUUCCAAGUUGAUAAACAACGCUUUGUCUGCAAACUAUGUACCCUACGCUCCACCGAAAUACACCAAUGAGUUCCCUACUUGGCUGAAGCCUAGCAACAGAAAGCUCUUACAGUCUCCCUCCGUGUCAUCUAUUGCUAAUAUCGUGGUGGCCCAAGAUGGUACGGGGAACUACAAAACAAUAAGUGAAGCUGUAACUGCGGCAUCGAAGCAAUCUUGCACGACAAGGUACGUAAUCUAUAUCAAGGCCAGUACGUAUGAAGAGAAUGUUGAAGUUGGACGAAAAUUGGAGAACAUUAUGUUCGUGGGUGAUGGUAUUGGAAAGACCAUAAUCACUGGAAGCAAAAGUCAUGACGAAGGAUCUACUACCUUUAAAUCAGCAACUAUAGCUGUUGUUGGUGACGGAUUCAUUGCUAAACACAUAACUUUUUGUAACACUGCUGGUGCGGCAAAUCACCAAGCAGUUGCUCUCCGUUCCAACUCUGACCUCUCAAUCUUCUAUCAAUGUGGCUUGGAGGGUUAUGAGCACACCCUUGACGUUCAUUCCAAGCGACAAUUCUACAGAGAGUGUGACAUUUACGGUACAGUUGACUUCAUCUUUGGAAAUGCUACGGUCAUUUUCCAGAACUGCAACAUCUACGAUAAAAGCCCUCCUGAUAAGGUCAAUACCAUCACUACUCAGGACCGGACUCACCCCAACCAAAACACUGGCAUCUCCUUCCAAAAUUGCAAAGUCACCGCAGCUCCAGACUUGAUAUCGAUUCAAAGCUCCGUGAAGACAUACCUCGGGAGGCCGAGACGAAAAUAUUCGAGAACUGUUUUCAUGAAUACCUACCUUGAUUGCCUAAUUGACCCGGCCGGCUGGUUGGAGUGGAAAGGUGACUUUGCCCUUAAGACUCUAUAUUAUGGAGAAUAUAAGAACACGGGUCCUGGGUCAUCAACCACAAAUAGGGUCACAUGGGCAGGUUACCAUGUCAUCACAAGCUUGACGGAGGCUUCGAUGUUCACUAUCGGGCAAUUGAUCCCCGACGGCACUUGGUUGCUCGCCGCUGGAGUGCCACACGAUGCGCCCAACACGCCAUACAAUGCGCCUAACACGCCGUACGUUGCGCCUUACACCUCUGAGGGUUACAAGCUGUUCAUCGGUUUCAUUGGGGAUUACAAUGGUUAUUCUCCAGUCCAGUCCUCUUUCUUUUUCCUCUUUCUUCUGUAUUUUGGAAAUCUAUUCUAGUUCAAGGUGUUAUUUUUCCGCUUUUAUGCUGUGAGGAAGUAAUAUUAUCGCUUAAUCAAAUAACAUUUCAAAUUAAUUAAAA